AUGGAUUCGUCGAGCGGCGGUGCGUCGUCGGAGAACGCGGUGGAUCAGAGGAAGAGGAAGAGGAUGAUCUCGAAUCGGGACUCGGCGCGUCGGAGCAGGGCGAGGAAGCAGAAGCAUUUGGACGAUUUGGUGGCGCAGGUGGCGGAGCUGAGGGAGGAUAACAGCCGGAUCCUCGCCGGUCUGAACGCCGCCGCGCAGAAUUUCGCCGGCGUGGAGUCGGAGAACGCCGUGCUCAGGGCGCAGAUGGCGGAGCUGAGCCACCGGCUGCGGUCGCUGGAGGAGAUUUUGGGGUUCCUCGGCGGAGGAGAUCUCGGGGUGGCUUUCGCGGCGGCGCCGGCGUAUGGGAUGUCCGAGCUGGCGGUGUUCGGCGGCGGUGGAGGGUUAUGGAAUUGCUCGAGCCAGCCGAUUAUGAUGGGGGCGGCUCCGGCGGAUCCUGGGUUUCUGUACUAA